UUACGCCGCCCCAAAGCUUCUGCUUGAGCUCGAAAAACUCUUGCUUGUAAUCCGGCGAUCUGAAUCUUCCCGGCGGCGAAAAUGGUUGCGGCGAAGAAGACGAAGAAGUCCCAUGAGGGAAUCAACAGCAGAUUAGCUCUUGUGAUGAAGAGUGGAAAGUACACUCUCGGAUACAAAUCUGUUCUCAAAUCCCUUCGCAGCUCCAAAGGUAAGCUGAUAUUGAUAUCUAGCAAUUGCCCACCAUUGAGGAGAUCAGAGAUUGAAUACUAUGCCAUGCUUGCUAAAGUUGGAGUUCAUCACUACAAUGGUAACAAUGUUGAUUUGGGUACUGCUUGUGGUAAAUACUUCCGAGUCUCUUGCCUCAGCAUCGUUGAUCCUGGUGAUUCCGACAUCAUCAAGGCACUUCCUGGAGAUCAGUGAUUCUGAUUUGUUAUCAUGAUGAUUUUGCCAUGUUGUUCUCUAUGCUGCUUUGUUAUGCAUUGUGUUCUUCAAAGACUUAAUGUUAGAUUUCUUUGGCUUCUUAACUCCUUAAUGGUUUUGUUAUAAUUAUUACAUUUUCGACUC